UAUUGUCAUAUUUUGCUGGUUUGAUAGUUACUCCUGUAUAUUCUCCGCUGUAGACUGUAGACUAGUUGUCUAGAACGAUAUUUCAUUAAUUAUUAAUAACAAUCAACACAAUAAUAAUUAAAUAACUGUAUCACUAUAUAAAUAGUGUUACUAAUAAUAAUCAACUAUUAAGUAGGUAAUUAAGUUCACUGUCCAAGGUCUUCAUAUUUUCAAUAUGUUUGCCUUGAUGUAGGUUUUGGAAUAAUAUUAUCGCACUGCAGUCAAAACUUGUUUGCCCUCUUAUAAUGUUUAAUUUCACAGUUCAAAAGGAAUGUAGCUGACUGAUUGUAAUAUUAAACUGUCCACAUUUAAAUUUAAAUUUAAUUACUUCAGCGUGGCCAGAUCAUGUCUAUCGAGAAGGAAGAAUGCGAACUGGAACAACUGGUGUCUUCUGACGAAGAACCCAGACCAACUGACAUCGCACAAAUUACACCUCCUAUUACACCCAAGCCUCCUCCGAGAGCACAUUCCCAUUCAGAUAGCCGAACUAAGACUAGCAAUUCACUUUCUAUUGAAAGCCAAAAGAACGAAUGCCACAAAUCUACAGCUAGAUUGUCUAGUGCUUCAUCCAUACAUCAAGAUAAACCACAAACCCAACCAUCUAAAGACGUAAGUGGUCCGACUCGCCUGAUGUGUGUUAACGAGAGAGUGGGACGCAGUUCACUUCAUGACUACAAACCACCACGACCGCCACCUCCAAAUUUUAGUAAAUUGCAAAAUAAAAAAGUACUCUCUGAACAAACUAUGGAUAGAAGUUGCCUACAUCAUUGUUUUUUGUCAGAUGUGACCGAUGUCAGACAAAUGGAGCAAGCCCUACAGCAACUACUUGAAGAUUUUCAUUCUGGCAAAUUACGUGCAUUUGGUAAGGAUUGCAGUAUGGAACAAAUGACAGCUAUUCGUGAGCAACAAGAACAUUUAGCAUGGCUACAUUUUGAACUUGGUGUGAGACAGGACGGAUCGAAUCCGCUCAGCGAACAAGGCAUUGCCAAAGGUACAGAAAAUAUGCACUCCCUAAUGGCUAGCCUAGAACAGCUGUCUUUAUCCAUUGAAAAAUUACAUUCGUUUAGUAAUUCAACAUCCGAUUAAAAUGUAAAGCACAACAUGUAUAAACAACUGACUUUUAUUGGUACUUGGGAUCAUUGACAAUAUAUAAUGAAUGGGAUUGUACAAAAGAAAAUAAUAUUGCUCAUUUAUUCAUUCCAUGAACAAUUUUACCAAAUAUCAAUGUUUUUUUUUCUUGUUAAGUUAUUAAAUAAAUAUAGUGAAUUUUUA